AGACGAACAAAAAAAAUGCUAUGAUGAGAUGAAAGAAGAGCCCUUAAAGAAAAAAAAAACCUAUUUCGCAGCACAUGUCUGGCCCUCUCUCUCUCUCAACACUCUGUCAAAAUAAACGGAGCGGAGACAGAGUUGCCUCCACGUUUGUCCAGCCAAGAAUCACGCUCCUUCGCUUUCACCACAUUCCUUUCUGUCUUCCCCACAUUCUUCACUACCUUUCCUUUCCUUUCUUCUUCUUUAUGCUUCUCGAUUCGUCCUCCACUGUUUGCUCUGAAUUUCGCUUUUAGCUUCAUCUGGAUUCUUUUGGGCUCAGCUGUGAAAUUCUAGGGCAGAUCACUGUAGAUUUUGGGAUUUUUGAUUUAUUUUUAGGAGGUUUGACUUCAAAGUAGAUAAAAAAUGAUCUGAUAAGAAGAGAAGAGAGUUAAUUGUUUUCCGAUUCGUAUUGGGAGAAUGAGUUUGGUUCCUCCUCUGCCGAUUCUAACUCCACCCUCCUCAAACUCUUCAACCACAUCACCUCCUCCCUCAUCCUCCCCUCCCACUACUCCCUCAGUUCCACCUCCCGUCACACCACCUCCUGCUCCGCCUGUACCACCAUCGUCACCACCACCAUCACCUGUUAUUUCAUCGCCUCCACCGUCUUCUUCUCCUCCACCACCAGUCGUCUCCUCCCCUCCUCCCGCCGCAGCUUCUUCUCCUCCUCCUCCUCCUGUGGUGGCUGCUUCCCCUCCUCCCUCAACACCACCACCAGCUCCUCCUCAAGAUUCCUCUCCCCCUCCGCCUCCUGAGUCUUCUCCUUCACCUCCGGCACCAACAACAACAACCUCCUCUCCUCCGCCGCCAUCAAACACACCUUCUCCCCCUAAACCAUCUCCUUCUCCGCCCUCAGAUACACGUUCUCCACCACCUCCGCCGUCAGACAAACCAUCCCCGCCUCCUCCGGCUUCAGAUCCCACAGAUCCGGCUGCUCUAGCUCCUCCUCCAACUCCAUUACCUAUUGUUCCAAGAGAGAAACCAACUCCACCAGCUUCCACCAAUGGAAACGGAAACAACACUUCCUCCUCUCCAUCUCCCAGUGGUGGUGGUGGUGGUGGUGUUGGCGCUGGAGGUAUCGCAGCCAUUGGAGUGAUCGUUGGAUUGCUUCUCCUCAGCCUCUUUGUCUUGGCUCUGUGGUUCACUCGCAAACGCAAGCGAAAGGACCACCCUGGAGCCUUUGUUGGUUACACUAUGCCUCCUUCCGGUUACUCCUCCCCUCAAGGCUCAGAUGCAGUGCUCUUCAACACCAAUUCUUCAGCUCCUAAUAAUAAGAUGAGGAGCCACUCUGGUAACGACUACAUGUACUCCUCCUCUGAUUCAGGGAUGGUCAGCAACCAGAGAUCAUGGUUUUCGUACGACGAGUUAGCUCAAGUUACUAACGGCUUCUCCCAAAAGAAUCUUCUCGGCCAAGGAGGCUUUGGUUGUGUUUACAAAGGCGUUCUUGCCGACGGGAGAGAAAUUGCGGUUAAACAGUUGAAGAUCGGUGGAAGCCAGGGAGAAAGAGAGUUCAAAGCUGAGGUUGAAAUCAUCUCUCGUGUUCAUCACCGACAUUUGGUUACGCUUGUUGGCUAUUGCAUCUCGGAGCAGCAUAGGUUGCUUGUGUAUGAUUAUGUGCCAAACAACACUCUCCAUUUCCAUCUCCAUGCUCCGGGAAGACCGGUUAUGACGUGGGAAACUCGGGUUAAGGUUGCUGCUGGUGCAGCUCGUGGAAUUGCCUACUUACAUGAAGACUGUCAUCCUCGGAUUAUUCACCGUGACAUCAAAUCUUCAAACAUACUCUUAGACAACAGCUUUGAAGCCUUGGUUGCGGAUUUCGGGCUAGCUAAAAUAGCGCAGGAACUGGAUUUAAACACACAUGUUUCGACCCGUGUGAUGGGAACCUUUGGGUACAUGGCUCCUGAGUAUGCAACUAGUGGAAAGCUGUCUGAAAAAGCAGAUGUUUAUUCGUAUGGUGUAAUUCUCCUGGAGCUUAUCACUGGUCGGAAACCUGUAGAUACGUCUCAGCCACUUGGGGACGAAAGCCUUGUUGAAUGGGCAAAGCCCUUGUUGAGUCAAGCAAUCGAAAAUGAAGAGUUCGGCGAGCUAGUUGAUCCGAGGUUAGGGGGCAACUUCAUCGCUGCGGAGAUGUUUCGAAUGGUCGAAGCUGCGGCUGCAUGCGUGCGCCACUCAGCUGCAAGAAGACCAAAGAUGAGCCAAGUGGUGAGAGCACUGGACACGCUUGAAGAAGCGUCGGAUAUUACAAACGGGAUGAGACCAGGACAGAGCCAAGUGUAUGACUCGAGACAACAAUCUGCUCAGAUAAGGAUGUUUCAGAGAAUGGCGUUUGGGAGUCAAGAUUAUAGUUCUGACUUCUUUGAUCGGUCACAGUCACAUAGUAGCUGGGGAAGUCGUGACACUCGUGACCAGUCCAAAUUUGUACCUUAGUAGUUUUUUUUUACUACCUUAGUAGUUAAUACUGUUUUUUGCUACUCUCUUCUUUCCCUUAAACAUAUUUUGUAUAUUGUUUGCAUGAUUUACAGUUUACAUACUUAUAAAUUUGGUAGCCUUUGGAAGAAAAAUUACA